AUGUAUAUCGACAGAAAACCCCGUCACCAAAAACCCACCGCUCACAUAUCGUAUGACGAGGGCCUCAAUAUCGUCCGCGCCUUCCUCAAACAUGCCGCGCACCACACAGUCGAGGACUUGCAGGCCUUCACAGCCCAAAAGAUCCCAUCACCGACGUGGGUCAAGGUCCAGGAACAAGUCAUUCCCAACGCACACUUGACCGAAGCCGCGGACCAUGUUAAUGCGCAAUUGGGUGAGCGAGGCAUUAAGCGCGUUGGUGGAAGGACAUGGUGGCAAUGGCGCGGUCUACAGGGCGAUCUAAAAUGUGAAUGGAUAGAGAUGAAGAGCGAUUAUAAGGCGAGGAAGCAAGCGAAUGCGCAUUGUAAGCGGGUCAUGUUGUACGUGCAUGGUGGUGCGUACUUUUUUGGGAGUUUGGAGACGCAUCGAUAUCAGAUGCAGCGUCACGCGCGAAAGCUCAAGGCUCGUGUUUUUGCUCGUAAGUCUGAGUAUCGCCUGUCGCCGCAGUUUCCGUUCCCUUGUGGAUUGCAGGAUUGUCUGGCAGCAUAUCUAUAUCUCCUGACACUGCAAGAUCCAACCGAGAUUAUAUUGGCAGGCGACUCUGCCGGUGGAGGCAUGGUACUGUCCAUGCUGGUCAUCCUCCGUGAUCAAGGCAUUCCACUACCCGCCGGCGCAAUUCUCGUCUCUCCAUGGGCAGAUCUGACGCACUCUUUUCCGUCCAUUGCAAGGGCUAGCAACUUCGACUACAUCCCCGAACAUGGCUUCUUGCAUCGUCCAUCACGCAGCUGGCCGCCACCAAACUCAGACGAUCUGGCGUACAUGUAUCAAAAUGCCAAUCAGAAAAAACCUGGCGAGAUAGGUAGUCACGUGCAGACCGACGGAAUCGGGGAAGCAAAUGACAACGACCAGCAAACUGCAGUUCAGGGAUUCACCGUGCGCGAAGAGAAUACAGCAGGCGUUAAUCAUACAUAUCCCGGCCUGCACAGCGGCAUCAACCGAGUCGGGACUGCGGAUGUAGGAACGGCUCAUGCAGACAACAUCGUUGUCCCCAUGGCGGAUAACACUGUCGUUGAGAUCAAGGACCAGAUUCAGAUGUAUGCUCCAAACCAGAUGCUCUCACACCCACUGGUCUCACCAGUUUUACAACCUACUCUCGGUGGUUUACCGCCAUUGUUGAUUCUGACAGGUGGAGGCGAAUUACUCCGGGAUGAGCAGAUCUAUCUGGCGCACAAAGCCGCGGAUCCAUUGUCUUACCUUCCCGCGGAUAUCUUCCUCGACGAGCAUGAUCCCGAUAGAAUAUUGAUACAUAAAUACGGGCCCACGAAUGUGCAGCUGCAGGUUUGGGAUGAUCUGUGUCAUGUUGCUCCCACAUUGAGCUGGACAAGACCUGCAAAAUUCAUGUAUCGCUCUAUUGCGCAGUUCGGCGCAUGGGCCCUGGCGCAUGCUCAACAUGAAGAAAUAGACAUUCCCGAAGACGAUGCUUCCUCUAUCUCAAGCGAAUCGUCUUCAACCUCGGAAAUUGAAGAGCCGGUAGCAUCGGUAGGGAAAGCAGGAGACCCCUUGCCAGCUUUUCGUAAACACAUGAUCCGUCAGAGAGUAGAUAGACAUGGUAUAGUCUAUCAUCUCGAUUCACCUCAAUCUCUACCAGCUCUUCAGCAUCCGCGCAACAAAAUCGGUGCCUUGAACCCAGAUAUCGUCAAGAAAUGGAUGGGUGCAAAGAAGACGUGGGAUGAAAAGUUCGCGAAAGAAAAACUUACCGUUCAACGUCGCCGAAUCAAGGAUUUUGAAAUGGGAUAUUUCAGGUUUGAUGGUGAAUUACCUCCUGCAUGUGCCAUGGCUAGUAGACGCACGGAGAAGGACCUGGCUGGAGCCAAAGUUCGCAAGAGUUACGGUAUGAUGAUGUGGUCUCUUCUUGCUAGUAAACAUGACAAGGAUAUCGUCGCGAGAGAGGCAAGAGAAGACGCCAUUCCACACAUCACCAACAAGCCAUUGAAAGGCAAGGAAGGUCAGGGAGAUACAGACAUCGUUGCGCAAAAGACCAGUUCAGGACGUGAGGAAAGCAUAUCGGCGCCCGAUCGUCGUAAAUUGUCUCCCUUUCCUGUGGAGGAAAGAUCUCACAGUCGUCCUCGUAGUCGAUCACGGAUCGUCAGUGAUGCCGGCCAAGUCGGCGAAUAUGGUACCGAUCAAUCUGAACAACACUCAACAGGCGUCUCAACACCUAUCGUACUCAUUCCCGGUGUCGAUAUCAACACCGACACUCAAUCUACUGGCAAAACACCAGACAACGUUAGUACAAUAGCAGUCUUGAACGCUGACGGCGUCCUCUCUACCACAGACACGACCACAGUCAAAUCAGACGACAGCAUCGUCCUACGGCCAUCAUCACUAAGCGAUCAGAAUGGCACCCUGUCAGAUAGUACACCUCAUACUCCAAGCAUCAUCACCACAGACACCGCCACCGAACUCGGGGUCCAUGGAUCAAAUGCCAGUACGGUGGCUGUCCGCAACGUUCCUUACAUUCUCAAGGAACAUGAGGAAGAAAAGCAAAAAAGACCCAGCACGGUUGACGAAGUCUCGCCACAUGCCGAGCGAGAUGCGGUUGUCAGCAAUGGGGCAGAAACGCCUAAAGCGAACGGUCAAGAUAAAGAUGCCUUCUCGUUCCAUGCGGAGAAAGAGAGACCUGAGAUGCCUGAUCGGGAUGAGUUUGUGACUGCUGAGGAGAUUCAGGCUUGA